CGGGCCUGGUGACUCUGCUGUCGGAGCCUCCGCUUCCUCCUCUAGAAGUGCAGAAGAAAAAAUAGAAGACUUUGACUCAUGAAGAAUCUGCUCAUCAAGAAGUGUAUAUCAAGACACUGGUUGAAUUUCCGUAAAAAAGUGAUUAAGCAGAUAAUGGAUAAGAAGGUUGAUUCCAGGUCUUUUAGCGAUGGUGCAGUUAAGAAACCUUUUUCUCCAAAAAUACUGUCCAACAAGAAGUCUUCUGCAUUCUCUGGGAUCCGGAAGGGGUUACCUAGUCCCAGUCAUCCAGUGAAGUAUCAUGCCUCAUGUACUUGGACUCGACGGGGCCGGUUAAGAGAAUUGCGCAUCAGAUGCAUGGCCAGAAAGUUCUUGUAUUUGUGGAUUCAAAUGACUUUUGGAAGAGUAUUUCCCUCUAAAGCAAGGUUUUACUAUAAGCAGCGAUUACUAUGGAAAGUCUUUGACAAAUGGAAAAAAGAGUGGUGGGUUUUCUGUCAUGAAUGGAAACUCUGUGUUCGAGCCGACUGUCACUACAGAUAUUACUUGUACAACCUUAUGUUCCAAACCUGGAAGACCUAUGUGCAUCAACAGCAAGAGAUGAGGAGCAAGUACAUUAGAGCCAAGGAUCAUGAUGUAAAGCAAAAGAUGCAACAGGCCUGGAAGUCCUGGCUGAUCUACGUGGUUGUUCGCAGGACCAAACUUCAAAUGCAGACCACCGCUCUGGAGUUUAGGCAUCACAGUAUCUUACGGGUAUGGUGGAGCAAGUGGAGGCAGCAACUAGGACAGGUCUGUGUGAACCAAGCCCUGCAUGCCUCUGCUGUGAAGCACAGGGUCCUGAGCCUCCAGCUGCAGACUUGGACACAGUGGUGGGAACAGCUUCUGCAUAUCCAAAAGGAGAGACAGAAAGUGAUCUCUGCAGUGAAACAUCAUCAGCACUGGCAAAAGCAGAAAUUCCUGAAGGCCUGGCUUGAAUACCUACAAGUCCGCAGAAUGAAGAGACAGCAGAAUGAGAUGGCCGAGCAAUUCCAUCGUGCCUCUAUUCUCCAGACGUACUUCUGUGACUGGCAGUGGGCCUGGGAGCAAAGAGAGAGAUUGUAUGCACACCACAUUCGUGUGGAGGAGCUGGCCAGGAGGAUGGCACUGCGGCGGGCCUUUACGCACUGGAAGCACUACAUACUGCUGUGUGUGGAAGAAGCUGCCUGGUGUGAAGUGGCAGAAGAGCACCACAGACACAGCCUGCUGUAUUUUUGCUUUAGAGCCCUAAAAGACAAUGUGACCCAUGCCCACCUCCAACAAAUAAGAAGGAAUCUCGCUUACCAGCAGCAUGAUGUCAUGCUGCUACGCAGGUUCUGGGGCCUCUGGCAGUCUCAGAUUGAGCAGAGGGAGGAAAGAGAGCAGCUCCCCUUACUGUAUGCUGCCUGGGACCACUACAGAAUAACAUUGCUGCACAAGUGUAUCAAACUGUGGUUACAGUGUAUUCAGAAGAGGCAAUACAAGCAGCUGUUGCAAGCCAGAGCAGAUGGUCAUUUCCAGCAGAGAGCCCUGCCUGCUGCCUUCCACACAUGGAGUAGACUCUGGCAAUGGAGCCAGCAGGACCAUGUCCUCACUGCCAGAGCAACAUGUUUUCACAGAGAGACAUUAGAAAAGCAAGUAUUUGCUGUCUGGUGGCAGAAGAUGUUUCAGCACCGAGAAAACCGCUUGGCAGAGAGAAUGGCCAUCCUUCAAGCAGAGCAGCAGCUUCUGCGUAGGUGCUGGUCCACGUGGCGCCAGCACACAGCAGCACGUCACCGGGAGUGGGAGUGGCAAACAGUAGCCUGUGCCCAUCACCGCCACAGGCGGCUCAAGAACACUUUCUGCCUCUGGAGGGAAAGUGCCCAGGGGCUUAGAACAGAGAGGAUGGGCAAGGCUCAGGCAGUGGAGUUCCACUCGGCACGGAUCCUGCGUUGGGCCUGGGACCAGUGGAGGCAGUGCCUGGUCCUGUGGGGAGCCGAGCAACAGAAGCUGAUGCAAGCAGACCUGUACUACCAGCAUGCCUUGCAGCACAGGGUGCUGCAGAAGUGGGUGACUUACCAGGGCAGGGUGCGGAGCGUCCUCCAGGAGGUGGCCAUCAGGGAGAGCCAGCACCACAGGCAUCUGCUGCGGGGUGUGGUAUGUCACUGGAGAGAAAACACCCUGGCCCGUGUGGAUGAAGCCAAAAAAACUUCUCAAGCAAGUGCUCACUACAGAAAGACCAUGUGUUUCAAGGUCCUGGUCCAGUGGCAGGAGGCAGCAUCAGUACAGAUAUAUUACCGACAGCAGGAGGACUGUGCUGUCAGGGAGGCCCGGAAGGUGCUGGACAGGGGCUGUCUCCGGACCUGGUUUCGGCGCUGGCAGGACGACAGUCGGAGGUCAGCCCAGCAGAGAGCGCUGCUGGAGAGAGCGGCUCGGCAUUACUGCUGGCAGCUGCUGCAGGAGGGGAUGACCCGGUGGAAGAUGCACCAUCUGGGCUGUAUCAGGAAAAGGCUCCUGCAGAGGCAGGGCACCCGAUUCCUGGCACAGAGACUCAGUCAUGUUUGCUUCUGUCACUGGAGACAGCAGCUGGUGGCCAGGAGACUGGAGCAGCAGGCUACAGCACGGGCCCUGUGGUUCUGGGCCUUCUCACUACAGGCAAAGGCGUGGGCCGCGUGGCUGGACUUUGUGCUGGAGAGGAGGAAGAAGGAGGCACGGCUGGAGCAGGCCGUGCAGGCCCACCACCAGCAGCUCCUCCAGGAGGGCACCAUGCGCCUUCUGCGCUUUGCGGCUGGCAUGAAGACCUUCCGGCAGCAGCUGCAAGCCCAGCAGCAGGUCCAGGCGGCCCACAGUCUCCACCGCACUGUCCGCCACUGUGCCACACUCUGGAAGCAGAAGGUUCUGGGCCGGAGCAGGGAGCCUCAGCCCCUGGCACCCAUUGCACCCAGCAGGAGAGUGACAUUUGAGAGUCCCCUUCUCAACUACGUUGCUGCUGGGGCUGGGGAUGCUGUCCUGAAGACCAAGAAGCCACGAGCUUCUCAGCCUCAGGGAGCCCUGGGCAGCCUGGCCAUGGCUGCCAGGGAGCCCCAUCUCCUGGAGCCCAAUGCUGCCCGCUCGGCAAGGAAGCAGCCACGGCGCCCACACUUCUUGUUGGAGCCCGUGCAGAGCCAGCAGCCUGAGAAGCCACAGGAAUGUGGCCUAGACAUGGCCCAGCCUUCAGGCCCUCCUCUCGUGACGCCCUUCCUGGCCGAGGCCCUGACCACACUGGCCCCAAGCAGCUCCCUGCCCAGGGCUCUAUCAAGUACCCCUGGCCCAAAGCUGCUCCCUGAGGCAAGUACAGGCCCACAGCUGCUGCCGCCGCCUCCUCCCUCCUUCAUGCCCCACAGGUCGGAAGCACCAGCCAGGGUGUCAGCACAGCCAACCACUCCCAGGUUUAAGACCCAGGCCCCCCCAUCCUUGGCCAAUGUCCCUGACCCCCUUGUGCUCCUCCCCAGGGACUUCACAGGCACCAUGGCUGGGCCUGGGCUUAGCUCUGAACCUGCAGGCUGCAUGAACCUGGGGGCAGAGCUUGAGGGGAUCCAGCAGCAAUUACAGCACUACCAGACCACCAAGCAGAACCUCCGGUCCUGCCAGCGGCAAGCGAGCAGCCUGCGCAAGUGGCUGGAGCUGAGCCAAGAGGAGCCCAGGCCCGAGGACCAGGAAGCAGAGCAGCAGGUGCAGAAAGAGCUGGUGCAGGUGGAACUGCAGAUCCAACAGCUGGCUGAGGAGCUCCAGGCCCAGCACCAGCCCAUCAAUGCCUGCGUCGCCCGUAUCCAGGCCCUGCGGCAGGCCCUAUGCUCAGGCCACUUUCAGGAGAACGCAAAGCUACCAUGAGUUUUUUUUUUUUUUUUAUUUCAAAACGUUUUGCAAUUAAAUGAAUUACUGUUCA